CUUGAGUUGAGGCUGUAACCGCUGUUGGCUGCUCACCGAGUGUUUUGAGCGUUUAGUGUUGAUGCUUGUGCUUGAGGACAAUGGCGUCUGCUAUUGUACCACUGGGUGAGAUGAAUGGACCAAGUGAUGGCGGCGGAAAGAAGAGGCUUUCCGUUGAGAGGAUUUACCAAAAGAAAAGUCAACUCGAGCACAUCUUGCUGCGUCCAGAUACGUACAUCGGAUCAGUGGAGGAAGUAACACAAUCAAUGUGGGUGUUUGAGGAAGGAAAAGGAUUCGUGCAGAGACAAAUAUCGUACGUUCCCGGAUUGUACAAGAUAUUUGAUGAAAUUCUAGUAAAUGCUGCGGAUAACAAGCAGAGGGAUCCGUCGAUGAACAAGAUUGAAAUUGAUAUCGAUGCUGAGAACAAUCAGAUUCGUGUGUGGAACAACGGUCAUGGUAUUCCAGUUGAAACUCACAAAGUCGAGAAGAAACUCGUUCCGACGAUGAUCUUUGGGGAACUUCUUACUUCGUCGAACUAUGAUGACACGCAGAAGAAGGUGACGGGCGGGAGAAACGGUUACGGUGCCAAACUGUGCAACAUCUUUUGUACAAAGUUUACGGUGGAAACGGCGUGUGCUAACUCUGGAAAGAAAUAUAAGCAAUCAUGGAAGAACAACAUGAGCUCUUGCAAUGAGCCCGACAUCAAGCCCUUCAGUGGUCGCGACUUCACGUGUGUCACAUUCAAACCCGACCUCUCCAAGUUCAGUAUGGAGCGUCUCGACAGAGACAUCGUAGCCCUCAUGACACGCAGAGCUUACGACGUGGCUGGAUCAUCCAACGGAGUCAAAGUCUUCCUCAAUGGCAAACUUCUUCCUAUUCGUUCGUUUCGUGAAUACGUCAACCUCUAUUUAAAGAACUCAGAGAAUCCUCUUGGAGACGACGGCGAGAGGACACCAGACCAAGUCGUCUACGAAAAAGUCAACACAAGAUGGGAAGUGUGCGUCACACCAAGUGCAAGUGGUUUCCAACAAGUUAGCUUCGUCAACAGCAUCGCUACAACAAAGGGAGGUUCGCAUAUUGAUUACGUAACGAAACAGCUUGUUGAUAAGCUGAUGACUGCGGCGAAACGGAAGAACAAAGGUGGGGCGGAUAUGAAGCCUCAUUUGGUGAAGUCUCAUCUUUGGGUUUUCAUCAAUUGUUUGGUGGAGAAUCCGGCGUUCGACAGUCAAACGAAAGAAAAUAUGACACUGAAGGUGAAAUCGUUUGGCUCUGAAUGCGCUUUGAGUGAGAAAUUUGUGAAGAAAGUGACACAGUGUGGAGUCGUAGAUCUCUUGGUGACAUCAGCUCAAGCCAAAUUGCAGGCUCAGUUGAGUCGUAAGGCCGGGUCUACUGGCCGACAAACUAAACUGAAGGGAAUUCCUAAACUCGACGAUGCCGGGAGUGCCGGUGGGAAGAAGUCGCGUGAUUGCACUCUCAUCUUGACGGAAGGAGACUCAGCGAAGACGCUGGCUGUCAGCGGGCUGAGUGUCGUGGGAAGAGAUUUAUACGGAGUGUUUCCUUUGAGAGGGAAAGUGCUCAACGUCAGGGAAGCUUCGGCAAAACAGAUGACCGAGAAUGCUGAGAUAACGAACAUCGUGAAGAUCAUGGGUCUGAAGUACGGCAAGAAGUACAUGUCGGAGAGCGACUUGGCGUCGUUGCGGUACGGCCAUCUGAUGGUGAUGACCGACCAAGAUCAGGAUGGCUCGCACAUCAAGGGCCUUCUCAUCAACUUCAUCCAUUACAACUGGCCUUCACUCUUACGUCUGCCGUUUAUGGAGCAGUUCAUCACACCUAUUGUGAAGGUGUCCAAGGGUCGGGAAGAGAUCCCGUUCUAUAGCAUGCCGGAGUUUGAACAAUGGAAGGAGAGCACUCCGUCUCAUCGCUCGUGGAAAGUGAAGUACUACAAAGGUUUAGGCACGAGCACAUCUAAGGAGGGCAAGGAAUACUUCCAGGACAUGGAGAGACAUAGAAUAUUGUUCAAAUAUGCAGGAGCCGCUGAUGAUGACUCCAUUAAACUGGCUUUUAGUAAGAGUGAAGUCGAUGCCAGAAAGAGAUGGCUAGAUGCUUGGCUACAGAACAGAAGAGAGAGACGAUGUCAAGGACUAAACGAAUCGUUUUUGUAUGGACUCGAGACCGACGCAGUGUCCUACUCGGAGUUUGUCAAUAAAGAGUUGGUACAGUUCUCAAAUGCUGACAAUGAGCGAUCAAUACCAUCCAUAGUUGACGGAUUAAAGCCUGGUCAGCGGAAGGUACUCUUUACUUGCUUCAAAAGGAAUGACAAGCGUGAAAUAAAAGUAGCCCAGUUGGCUGGCUCUGUAGCCGAACUGUCAGCUUACCAUCAUGGAGAGACAAGCUUGAUGAGUACAAUCAUAAACUUGGCUCAGAACUUCGUCGGCAGCAACAAUUUGAACCUCCUACAACCAAUUGGCCAGUUUGGCACUCGUCUCCAUGGAGGAAAGGAUGCAGCCAGUCCUCGUUACAUUUUCACAAUGUUGAGUCCACUUGCAAGGGUGUUGUUUCCUGCUGUUGAUGAUAAUUGUCUUGAAUUUUUGACUGAAGACAAUAUGCGUAUUGAACCGGAAUGGUACUGUCCUGUCAUUCCUAUGGUUCUCGUCAAUGGAUCUGAGGGCAUUGGAACGGGAUACAGUAGCAUGGUGCCGAACUAUGACGUGAGAGAAAUUGUAGCAAAUUUGAGGAGGAUGUUGAGAGAGGAAGAACCAGUGGACAUGUCGCCAUCUUACAAAGGUUUUACUGGAACAAUCGCCCAAAUUGAGCCAACCAAGUAUGCCGUCUAUGGAACAAUAGCGAGAUUGGAUGAUAAGCAAGUAGAAAUCACAGAACUACCCGUGAGGUCAUGGACACAGACGUACAAAGAGAAAGUCAUUGAACCAAUGCUUUACGGAACCGAAAAGACACAAGCAGGAAUUACCGAUUACUUGGAGUAUCACACGGAUACAACAGUGAGGUUCGUUGCAACUUUGACGAGAACUAUGGCUGUUGAGUGCGACAAGGUAGGUUACCACAAGAAAUUCAAACUGGAAGGAUCGAUAGCGACAAGCAAUUUGGUUUUGUUUGAUCAUAAUGGAUGCUUGAAGAAAUACAACGAUGUCCUUGAGAUUCUGACCGAGUUCUUUGCUGUACGUCUCGACAUGUAUGAACGUCGUAAAACUUGGCUGGAAGGCCAGCUAUCAGCGGAGUCACUGAAAUUAGACAACCAGGCUCGUUUCAUAAUGGAAAAGAUUGAGGGAAAGAUUGUACUUGAAGACAAGAAGAAGAAAGAUAUCGUCUUACAGUUGAAAACUCGAGGUUACGACUCUGAUCCAGUGAAAGCAUGGAAAGAGCAGCAGUCCUCGCAUGUCGAGUCAUCGGGUGAGAACGAAGAAGAUGAAGAGGAAACUCAAACUUCUAGCAACGAGCCUGACUACGCAUAUCUGCUGCAUAUGUCACUUCUAAGUCUAACGAGAGAGAAGAAGGAGGAACUACUUGCAAACAAACAAGCCAAAGCCGAGGAACUACACAUCCUGAAAAGCAAAACGUCUAAAGAUCUGUGGAACGAAGACCUCGACCAUUUUAUGCAAGAACUUGAGAAGGUGGAGAAGGAAGAGCAAGAGAAUGCGAUGAUUAGUGUGAGUGGCACGUCGUCUCGUGCGGGAAAGAAGGGAGGCAAGAAGGGAAGAGGUGGGAGAUCUCAACCGAAACCGAAGUUGACAAGUUCUGGUGUUGUGGCCGAGUCUCUGCCUCAAGCACCACCCGAAGAUGUGAUUCCGCCGGUGAUACCUCAAAUGGGUGAGAAAAAGGAAAAAGCCACUAAACGUAAACGGAAGACGUCGUCAGACUCGACUGAGGGAACCGACAAAAGCAAGGCCGAUGGCAACGACAAGGCCAGAGGCCAACGAAGUCUUGAAGACUUCUUUUCACUCGAUGAUCUCAACAACGAACAAAAACCGGCAAGCAAAGCCGAGAAACCGCCCAAACCAGACAUCAUUGAUGUAGACGAUAGCAGCAAGGGUGAGGCUAUUAAAUCCCUCUCUGAACGGCUUGCCACAAAGCAAGCACCCAAGAAGCAGGCAGCAUCCAAGCCAAAGCCAGGAAAGAAACCAAAACCAAAAUCAACAUUUGAGCUUGUGGAUGACUCCGACGACGACAUAGUCGAACAGUUUUCUACCGAUCAAAGCUCGAGUGAUGUCGACGAGCCGGUAGCAAAGCGUCCGGCUGUUUCGUCACGUCGAGCAGCUGCAGUCGGCAAGAAAGUCUACACUUUCUCUGAUCAUGAAGACGACGAGUCUAGUGAUGAUGACGUCAUCCCAGACAGCGAGUCAGAAAGCGGCGAGGAUUUUGCAGCAACUAAAGCGCCUGCGAAAUCCACAGCAUCAGGAAAAGGUGCUGAAGGAAAAGUUGCCGAGAAACAGCAACAAAGUCGAGGUCCGGAUGACAAACAGACGGACGACGUCAAUGGGAAGGAGGAACGAGUGGAUAAAGGGAAAGUCGCUGUAGCUGUAAGACCCGAUGCCAAGAAAAAGACGGAAGCAAUCAAAAAGGAUGCCAAACCGGUCAAGAAGCGAACACUCGUGCAAUCAAAGACACAGACUAAAUCGGCGAAGCCUUCUAAACAACCAACGAUGGCUGAAGCUAUGUCUAAGGCUCAGGGUCAGAAACGGAAGGAAAAGCAGCCACUCAUAACUAUUGACAGUGAAGACGAAAAUGCAACCUUUGAUCAAAUUCUGAGCACCAAAGCGACGCUCUCAGUAAAGCCCGUACAAGGCCCCACCACCAAAGCCAUUCAGACAGUGAAAAGUCCGGCGAAAGUUUCGAAGUCGAAGGACGCGGCGCCUCCAAGGAAACGUGUGAAGGCAAUGCCUGAUAUCAGUAGUGACGACGAGCAGGAUGAUGUGCCUCUUGCUCCUGUUGUUCAACGCAAGAAACGUGCGCAAACGAAGACGUUGACUUAUACGGCUGAGUCUGAUGCAAGUGAUGACGACGAUGAUGACGAAGACUUCAUGGUUUAAGGUGAUGUGUGGUAUGGGUGUGAGUAGAAACUGGUUGCUGUGUGGGACUUUUAACAUUCGUGUAGAUUCAUGGUGUGGGUGUGUGUAUGUAGUUAUUGGUUUAUUCACGAUUAUAACUGAUUUGGGGAUGGAAAAGGAGCAUUCUGGUCUCA